UUACGCAAAUAUAAAUUCUGUUCCACCCAGUUCAGCUCUUAUCGAGAGCAAAGAUAACGUGGCCGCCAUUUGACCACAUUAUAUUAAUAAAGAGAAAAUGGCCGCCUGGAUUUUGAUUUACGCUCUAUUAUUUUCCUUAAUUGGCUCAGCUCUUGGAGAAUACUGCUACUACAAUUAUAACAGUUAUUUUACUUAUACUUACUCAUUAUGGUGUCCCUUUGGUUGUUGUGGAUCAGGUAGUUAUCGCUAUUGCUGCGUAACGAAUGUCGGCUACAUCGUUGGCCUUGUGAUAGGGAUAAUAGUUCUUCUGGUCAUCAUCAUUAGCGUGUCCUGUUGCUGUGUGAGGCAGAGAAGGCUAAGAGCCGCCCAAACGACCACUGUGGUGUCAGGGGCCACUACUGGAGCUAUCAUUACUUCUACAGGAAUGACAGCUAGUGCACCGCAAUAUCCUAUGACGGCAUACAACUAUGGAUACACUCCUGAAAACUACCAACAGCCAGGGAUGCCAUCGCAGUAUCCAACAUAUCUACCAAAUCAACAGUACCCAGCCAACCAGGGAUUUGGCUAUUCUAAUACGGAUGGAGCCAAGUUUGAGCCGCCAUCACAUCUUGCCAGUCCACCGCCAGCGUAUAAUUCUGCCGUUGGAGUAGGUCUUUACGAUACAGUGCAAAGUACUUAACAAUCGAUCACCAACAAAUUGUGUGUAAAUAUGUUCUUGUCCAUAUAUUGUAAAGCCGUUACUUGUGAUGUCAUUAUUCUAAAAAGUGUAAGUUUAAUCAUUGGUGCGCUUUUUAAGAGGUCUUCUUCUGUUGAGCAUUUUCUUUUUAUUUUCAUAAUUAUUAUUCCUUCAACAAAUAUAUAAUGUUCUUAGAGAUCUACUGUCAAUUUGUUUUUCUAUUAGUCUGAAGAAUAAAAUUCAAUUAAGCCUAGAUGUUUAUAUGUAUAAAGCAAUUAAGAACAUCCUUUGAAAAAUGUUUUAUUAUUCAUUUGGCCUAAUAGUUUUGAAAAACGUUUACUGAUGUUAUUUAUAGACUAGACUUGAUUCUAACAAUUAAUGUUUAAUGAAUAUGUAAAUAAUAUUUAAAAACACAUUUAACUAUUGACUUCUAACACGUUUUUAAUGUCAUGUUGUUGUUUUUUUUUAUAUAUUUUUCAAAAUAUGGUAAGAUUGACGAAUUAUAUGAAAGUGUAAUUUUCUUUGAAAGCUAUGUUCAAAUUCUAAACGAAAUAAUUCAUGGUGCCCUUUAGAAAUAUAUAUGCCUAUAUAUUCUACCAGAGUUGUCAGCUCUAGUGGAAAAGGACAAAACAAAAUGAGAGGUUGAAUCCAUCGCGUAGUUUAUUCCAAUACAUUUGGAAUCAAAACUAUAAUAAUAAGGCGAAUAUCUUGGAACCUGAAGUGAAAGAAGAGUUCAGAAUUAGUAAUUUCCUAUCUUCCCAAAGGAGAACGGAGAAGAUGAACAAAGUGUGUACCAAGUAAAGCAGACACAGGGCGGGCUCUUUUCUUAUUUAAAAUAUACUUCUAAUAUUCUGCAACAACUCCCUCCUUGGCUGCUUAAAUUUCUCGCUUUUUUUUUUUAUUUUCCCAAGAUACUAAUUUAAAUGACGCCACUAACUUCCUGCAACCAGCAAUGUCCUCGUAUACGGUUAAAUAUUUUAGUAACAUUGGGGCUAGUUGAAAUUAAAAAAGAAUGGACGCUUUUGAUUACAAACAUUCCAGGUCCUUGCCUUUUUUAUUUGAAAUUCAUUUGAUAAAUGAUAAUGUUGAUUUAAUUGUGUAUACCUUGCUAACAACUAUGAUAUGCUCAUAUUUAUUUAUAAAUACUAUUGAGUGUAAUUGUUUUUUUUUUUAAAACUAGGUCUAGUGAAACGAUGGUUUUGUUUUUGACAUUUCGUUAACAAAAAUUCAAAUUAACCGUAGAUCUACAAACAAAUCAUCAAUUUGGGGUCUGAAAUGACAAAGCGAAAUUGGAAACUAAAACAUAUCACAUAGCAUUCUUUUUUUCCUAGGAAAUAGUGUCCAGCUUUUCCACUUUCCAGUUUUCCAAAGUGAAAAGAGCUACAUGUAGUCAUUAGCAGCUUUUGUUGUUGUUUUUUUUUUGUUUUGUUUUUUUUUGGCUGUGUGUUCCAAUGUGUGAAAACUGGAGCUGCUUUUGUAUAAUGCAAACAAAAAUCUACGAAAUAUUUUGUAUAUUUCUGUACUAAAAAUACAUUUUUUUUCUUAAUUAUGGAUUGAUUUGGGUGAGAGAGUGCGCCAAGUGAAUAUUAUAGAACAAAGUAACUCUGGCGAGAAAUAGGGUGAAUAUAUUCUACAAUGUACAUGCUCUUGAGACUAUUUUGUAUGUUUGGGUGUGUGCUCUAAUUAAGAAAAAAAAAGUGAACAUCUUAUUUUAUUAGGUAUAUUGCAAGAUAUCCUCAAAAUUUUUUUUAUUAAAUUAUUUAUUAAUAUUAUCCUACAUGCGAUAAACAGUUAUUUAUUUCAUAACAUUAGCAUAUAUAAAGAAUAUAUUUUUUAUUAAAACUUUGUUAUCAGUACACAC